AUGACACAGCCUUCGACACAGCGUUCAAAUUAUAUUAAAUCCCAUUCAGCUGGACCGCUUCUAUUGAAUCAUCUCGCAAGAUUUCGCUUCAUUAGGGAAUUUUCUCCUCACGAUUAUAUGAGAGCACGGAGCGAAAUAUUUGUAAAAGCGCACAUUAUUGCGAAAACUAUAGGGGCUAAGAUACGGCCGACGAAAUACAGAAUGACCACCGAUAUUAACUUCGAAAUAUCGCACCAUCUGACUCCAAACGUGGAUUUUAUCAAAGCCCGAAAGGAGACAACCGUGCCAUUAAACCACCACAUUGGGACCCUUCUUUCUCCUUUAGAGACCAUGAUAGCAUAUGGAAGCGUCAGCUCAGUGGUGAUCUACCCAGCGCAUUCUCUCACUGAGAAUGAUUCACCGACAACGAGUUCUGCGAGUAUGUGGUCCUACCAACUCAUUCUCAAGCACAUUAUUUCCACACUAGAGAACAAAAUUAGAUUCACUAAAUCUACUCCAUAA